AAGUAACUGGCACAUCAGACAGUAGAGAGCAAGUAAAGCGGGCGGGGUAAAUAAGGCCGCUGGACAUGACCCUGCGACGCGGCGAGGAGCGGCUACGCAGCGGCGUGUAGGCGAGAGGCGGGCGGACAAGCGCAGUGUCAGCAGGAAGCGGUAAUAAAGACACUAAACGGCCGAGAGAGACAUUCGCGUUGAAUUUUCACCGUUUGGAUGAAAGUACUUAGCUGUCCGCUGGAAGAGGGUGUGGAGAGCGGAUAAGAGAAGCGCACGGAGCUGAUAAACACAUAUAAACAAGUGGCGGAUUAGCCAAAACGGGGGCGAGGGGAUAUCAAGAAGAGGACGGAUACAAUGUAUCCCCAACACGGGGGCCGCUGCUAGUAGACGGACAGGGACAACGUCAGAAAAUAUAAAAUCCAACAAAUAGAAGUAGAAACAAUUGUGGCCACAGUAAGAGGGCUGAACGAGGGGACAAUUUUCUGGAAGGACUGAAAGACAACACCCGCUACCCCCCUCCCUGACUACACCUCCCUCCUCGGGUAUUACGGCGACACCGAGGCGGCAAGCAGGCAGAGCCGAUAGCCGGGACACGGUGUCCGCGAUUGUCAGCUCAUUUGCUUUAAAAUAGACGUGCAGGUAGCCGAGGGUAAAGCGGGGAGAGUAACGCCGACGCCGCUUGUUUAUCGCGUCCCGAUAGCUUGACUUGUCUGAACUAAGUUUGGCUUCGCUGCCAGCGCCGGACUUCACCUCCAGCGUUUUGUUAGCCUGUCGAUGCUAUUAGCUAGCGAACUCGUCGAGCCACGGCCACUGCCUAAUUCAGCAAUUAAUAAUUGUUAAUUCAAUAAUUUAUACAUCUCGGGUGCAAAGAAAAGGAAAUUGCAGUUCAGUUUACAGUUAAACGCCGCUUUUCUCUGCCUUUGUUUGGAUAAUGUCAAUGUAAACGUAGUGUAUCAUGAAUCGGCAGUGAUUAUUAGUGAGAUUUUAAUUGAAAAUAUUUAGUUGUUAAUUGAAAUAUCUUCAAAUAUUGUAUUUUUUUCUUUUUUUAAAGACUUUGGAUUAUUUGAUCUUUGGUGGUUUCAGUACCACCUUUAACGCCGUGACAGACGAUCCUUUCCCCUAUCGAAAGUACUUUAAAUUAAGGUUCUACUCCAGAUAAGUAUGUAAUACAGCCUUUAAAAUUCAAACGAGGCAAUAUACAUAUUGUACCGACCAGUCGUGCUGUUUAUCUGUUGUACUGUAGCAAUGUGCGAGCUAUAAAGCCGCCAGCUGUCAUUUGGACCUUGCUGAGUCAAGGACUUGUCUCUGAUUUAUUUUUUGUGUAUCGAGGAGAGUUUUGUAAGCGUGUAGAAGGGAUGAGUUACUUAACUAGUCCUUUCAGUGACUAGUGGACAUUUCUUUAAAAUACCUUAUAUUAAUAUUUAACUAGUAAAUCAAAUAGGUUAGCAGUCACAGUUGACUACGUGGAUCCAACAUAGAUCUCUCUAAAGUGGCCCCCAGGUUUUUGGAGAUUACAAGUCAGUUAAGAUAAUCCCUUGAAAAGGCCGGCACCUCUUCAGCCUCCCUGUCCUUGCGUCGCUCCUACCCAACAUCGUCAACAUGGCACAGCAGCAGAUGCCCAGCUCCCAGAAGGCCCUCAUGUUGGAGCUGAAAUCCCUCCAAGAGGAGCCAGUGGAAGGCUUUCGCAUCACAUUGGUGGAGGAGUCUGACUUGUAUAACUGGGAAGUGGCCAUCUUUGGACCUCCUAACACACUUUACGAAGGUGGCUACUUCAAGGCUCACAUCAAGUUCCCCAUAGACUAUCCUUACUCUCCACCCACAUUUCGGUUCCUCACCAAGAUGUGGCAUCCCAAUAUUUACGAGAAUGGCGAUGUGUGCAUUUCAAUCUUACACCCACCUGUAGACGACCCCCAGAGUGGGGAACUGCCGUCUGAGAGGUGGAACCCGACACAGAACGUCAGGACCAUCCUUCUGAGUGUGAUCUCUCUGCUGAAUGAGCCCAACACCUUCUCCCCGGCCAACGUAGAUGCCUCAGUCAUGUUUCGCAAGUGGAGGGACAGCAAAGGGAAAGACAAGGAGUACGCUGAGAUCAUAAGGAAGCAGGUGCUGGCCACCAAAGCUGAGGCCGAGAGGGACGGGGUCCACGUUCCCACCACCCUGGCCGAGUACUGCGUCCAGACCAAAGUGCCUUCCCAUGACAGCAGCUCCGAUCUGCUGUACGACGACCUAUAUGAUGAUGACGUGGAGGAGGAAGAGGAGGAUGAGGAUGCGGAGGCGGGUGGCGUGGGUGGGGAUGCAGGGCCUGACUGCUAUGAUGAUGAAGAAGACUCUGGCAAUGAGGAGUCGUGACCCACCUCCUCAGCCACCAGCCUCUGCACAUCAGCGCUGUUUUUUUUUUUUUCUGUCAAAUGGUCACACUCGCUCACGGCAGACACAUGGACUUCCUCGACAAUGUCAGAUCCUCCUCCUCUUAAGUUGCUCUCAGUGUUGCAGAUUCACCAGCAUAGCCCAGAUCCAUGCCCCUCCGGCCACCCCACCUCCAUCUGUAGCCACACGGUCCCGCUGCCUGCCAACAUGCCUCAGGGUCUCUGCACUAGUGAGAGCGUCACUCUCAGCUGUGUUCCUGCUCUGUCUCUUCCUUGUCUCUGAUGCGUUGCUUUUGCUGAGGGAUGAGAAUGCAUGCCAGACCGUGGGAGCUUUGUGUUUUGAUGUCUGACAGUUAAUACUUUCAGUUCAGGACCAAUAACAGAUUUGCCUGAACUGCGUAUCGUCCAGCAGCUUCCUGCAUUUUCAUCUGUUUCUUCCUGAGCUGACAGAAUGUUUAGUUACCCCCCACAAUCAGUUUAAGGUAGUUUUUCCCCAGGGGACAGAGAACAGUACUCUAUUUUUUAAUAAAUACUGGACAGAGAUAUAAAAUUAUUAUUGAAAGACAUGGAAGUGUUUGUGAAUGAAGUGUAACUGUCUUAGUGCAUUAGAAUCUGGGCUGCUGUUCACAUGACCAAAAGCCCCAUUCUAAAGUGUAAUUUGUGUGUAGUGGAUAGGUUUAUAAGGGUCAGGUGUCCAGGCUGCUCAGUCACCAGGCAGAAAGAGAGCCCCCUUCCCCCCCAUACCAAGACCCCAGCACCACCCCCAAAGCAGUAUUUCUGCUGGCACAAAUCAGGAGAACCAACCUGUCCAAUCCCAGAGACCACGCUACUUCUGAACCUGGGUGUAUGCUUGAUCCACACUAUUUUGUGCCUGUGUGUAAGAGAGACUGAAAAGCCAGCUGGAUGCUGGAUGAUUUUCACCCCCAUUCCCACAGCCUUCACGCAAACACGCAUGCACGUACACGCACACGUGGAAAAAGCUCCUGCAGAAGCCGACGUGUGCCCUUCGUUCUCGGGGACUGGGGGGGGGUUCUCUGCUCCCUGCACCACCUAUGUGAAAAAUGCCAAGGAAGAAUCACUGCAUGUAUGAAGCUUGUAUUUCUUUUGUGUUUCUGCUCCAAUCAUAACUUGUAAAUUGCGUAGAAAUUUUUGGAGUCACUUUUACUGUAGACCUCAACCUGGCUGAGCCUCAGCCGCUGUGAUCGGUCCACGAACUGUGGCAUUUCAUGGUCUAAAAAGGAGACUGAACAGAAUCAAAUCAAGAGAAGCUUCUUCUUCUGUGUUUGCAUUGAUGUUAUGAUGUAGCCUAAGGACAAGACAUAAACCCACAGGACAGACGGUGCUUGUGGGAUCCUAUGCAUUUGAGCACGAGUGUGAGACCUUCGCCCACUCUGUCUGCGAGCGCAACAAGGUGCACUUUGACGAUGCAGUCAGCUGUUUCUGCUUUGCCCCCCCCCCCCAGUGACCAGUGCACAGAGGUGGACAUGCAGCUGGCAUCUGUCGUGGGGGCUGGACUUCUCUGGGCAGUCAUCCACCUUACUGGGAUAAAACACACUGUCAAUACACUGAUAGCAGGAAGCAGAGGCUGUUUUUAUUGAAAACCUCUGCUGCUGUCCACUGGCAUCCAUUUAAAAGCGUGUUUUCUUUCUGCAAAAUUAGAGCACGUUAACGGAUGAAGGAGACCCUGCGAAAGCAGCACCGGGAAGAUAUCUGGUGAAAAGUUCUGAUGGUUUUUGUUUUUUUUUUUUUUUAUUAUUAUUUCUACUUUUUUCUUGUUUAAUUUGAUUUGUGUUCUUGUAGUGUUGUGAAAUUAAGAAAUUAGUGUGACUGAUUCACUUAAAAAUGCAAUCAUUUAGAUUUUUCAAAGUGUUUUUUUCCGUUUCUAGUAAUGCAUAGUGAAUAUAAGUUGGAGGGCAACCAAAAAUGAAUCCAAACAAUUAGAAUUUUGUGAUUUGAUCACUGAAUGAACUUGUAUAAUGUUUUGUGGUGAUUGGCAAAGAAGUAUUCUGGAAACCUUGACAUUAAAAGCAAAGAUUUACACGCUAACAGCAGUUCAUAAAUUAUUACCAGUUUUCAUUUGACUGAGCUGAAAAUAGUUUGGCAGUUUCAUUGAGUCUGUAUUUCGGUUCAGUCUCAUGUAGCUUCAGUCAACCAGAAUGAAUGGCAUGUUUAAACUUUUUAACAAUGUAAGCCAUUGAUCACUGUUUUGUCUUUGAUUCACAGACCAAAAUUGACAGUACUCCAAUUUCAAGUGGUUUCACUCAGUGUUUUGAUGAACUUCUUUAUGGAAGGAUUUUGUAAAUGUGAAUGCUGUUGUUCACCAUACCAAAUGACUUGCUGAGCCAUGAUAUGGGAACCAGUCUGUCUCCACAGAGAUGUACUUGGUUAUUGUACCUUUUAAAAAAUCUCGCAGGCAUAAGGACAGUUUAAUAAUGUUGUGAUUUUUUUAUGGCCUAGUGAUUUAGUGAAAUUAGUGGUGACAUUCAUUUCAUGCAAAGCAGUAUUUAAAAAGCAGUACUUAAUUCAAAAAAGUUCUGUAUUUCACCAUGUUGAAUAUCUUUUAUGCCAGUAUUAUACUGUAGAUUAAUAAUGCAAAAUAAUAUAAAUCUGUAACACAAGCUGUACUGAAAGACAGAAUUAUACUCCAGCGCGAUUGUUGAUUCCAUUCGUGUGAACACAAUCUGCUCAAUGAAACAUGCAGAUUAUGGUUAAUUCGCCGCUUGGCUCACAAAGGACGUUUAAACAUGAUAGCUGCCUUAUCAGAAUACAGUAUCAGUUUUGUUUUGGACUAUUUAGAGUCCUUGUAACAACAAUGAGAUUAUGAAUAGACUGAUUGGCCUGGUACACAGUAUUAUAGUACAAACAUUUUGUGGGCCCUCCCCUUUGUGACUGCCCUUAUUACCCCUCUCACAGGUAUAAGUAUUGUUGGCAUUUGGCAAGAUAUGUUAAACAAUGUUUCCAGCUUUUGUAAAUCACGACUAUUUUACAGCUGGUUUAAUGAAUAUAUUUAUUCAAACAAAUUAGUGUAUUUCCUUAUUAAAAACAUAAAAAAAUAGCCUAUUGCUUAAGUUUGAAGGUUAAUUAACGAUGUAGGCAGUAGUGAGCGUGUCUGCCCCGCCACAUUCAGUUGUGAGAUGCCUCACUCCAGUGCUGUCAAUUUCUGUAUGAUCUGGGGGAUAACUGGUCUGGCUACAGUUUUUCUUGUCUUUGAAUUAUUUUCCUUUAAUCUUUAUAAUGGUAUGCAAGUGUGUGUGUUUAUCCUUAGUUUUAACAGGAUGUUCUAAAAUAAGAUGAAACACUGAAAGGAACAGACAGAAUUCUGUGUGCUUGUCUAAUACACACAUUUAAGGGGAAAAAAAUGUUCCACAUCACCUACUUUUUUCCAUUGGUUUUAAUUGAAGUUAUUUUGUUUGUCACAUUGUCUUUCUCUGGGUUGGUAGUUUCAUCUAAAAUUCCUGUAAGAUUCAAGUAGCACUCCUCCAUGUAGGUUGUUUUCUGUCUUACUCAUGAAUAACAAUGUGAAAUAAAGUAUGCUGUACUAUUGUUAA